GAUACAAACAUAAACGAUUUUGUAAAAACCAUUAAAGAUAACUACACAUCAUUUUGGAAACAUCAAAUUAAAAACUCUAGUAAAUUGUCAUUUUAUUCUACAUUUAAAAAACACUAUAACUUAGAAGAAUAUCUAAAUAUCAUUAAAGACCCUAACCAAAGAAGACUGUUCUCAAAAUUUCGUAUAAGUAAUCAUAGACUAGAAAUCGAGUUCGGUCGUUAUAGCGAUGUACCUCGACAGGAGAGACUGUGUAAAUACUGCGAUAAACUUGCAGUUGAAGACGAAUUUCAUUUCUCAUUUGAAUGUGAAAAAUACCAGAAUUUGCGAAAUAACUCGCGCAACAUCCUAAACAACUAUUUCCAAAUGAGCAUCACUGAUGAAUUAAAGAGAAAAUUAUUAAGUGAUCUUAUGUCAUUGAAUGACCCUGUGAUAACAGGUCUAUUUUCGGAACAUAUUUCGAAAUGUUUUUAUAUCAGAGACAACAGCCCUUAA